ACCAGUUGCCUUUCCCAGCCUCUUCCUCACACAAACUUCAUCCUCCACCGGUCCUUCAGACACUUUGCAGGGGCGCACAGUCUGCAAACGACUGGCAACCAUGAGGAUCCUCUACCUGCUCUUCGCUAUUGUCUUCCUCCUCUUCCAGGCUGCUCCAGGUUCUGCAGAUCCUCUUUUUCCUGACACCGUGGAGUGCAGGUCCCAGGGAAAUUUCUGCCGUGUUGGGUCAUGCCCACCCACUUUCACUGUCUCGGGGUCGUGCCAUUCAGGGCUGCUGAAAUGCUGUUCAAAGUAA